GCCCCAGGCCCGCGGCGGAGGAGCAGGCGCGAUCCCGUGCGCCCGGAGCAGUCCCGGGAGCCGCCAGGCCAGGCGCCCAGAGAAGACAGCUGCGGCGCUUCGAGACACAAAGACCAGUGGGAUGUGGAAGCAACUGGGGAGCCGGCAAAGGGAAACCGAAAGCCGCGGGCCCGAUCAGUGACCGGGUGAAGGCGCCGCGCCGCCCUCCCGACGCCGGGGGUACCCGGGCCUGCCCUUGUGAGCCUUCCUGGCCCAGCCCGGUGCGCCGCAGCCAUGGCCAUUGCUCACCUGGCCACCGAGUACGUCUUCUCAGACUUCUUGCUGAAGGAGCCCUCGGAGCCCAAGUUCAAGGGGCUGCGGCUGGAGCUGGCCGUGGACAAGAUGGUCACGUGCAUCGCCGUGGGGUUGCCGCUGCUGCUCAUCUCGCUGGCCUUCGCACAGGAAAUCUCGAUUGGUACCCAAAUAAGCUGCUUCUCCCCCAGUUCUUUCUCGUGGCGUCAGGCCUCCUUCGUGGACUCUUAUUGUUGGGCAGCCGUCCAGCAGAAGGACUCCUUGCAGGGUGACUCUGGAAACCUUCCAUUGUGUCUGCAUAAGUUUUUCCCCUACAUCCUGUUACUGGCGGCCAUCCUGCUGUACCUUCCCUCCCUGUUCUGGCGUUUCGCAGCUGUUCCUCAUCUUUGCUCAGAUUUGAAAUUUAUCAUGGAAGAACUUGACAAAGUUUACAACCGCGCAAUUAGAGCUGCGAAGAGCGUGCGUGACCUGGACUUGAGAGACGGUGCCUGCCCAGCUCGAGAAGUUAACGAGAACCUGGGGCAAAGUUUGUGGGAGAUAUCAGAAAGCCACUUCAAGUACCCAAUUGUGGAGCAGUACUUAAAGACAAAGAAAAACUCCAAAAAUUUAAUUGUCACAUACAUCAGCUGUCGGGUGCUGUCACUCAGCAUUAUACUGUUAGCAGGCGUCUACCUGGGCUAUUACUUUAGCCUCUCCUCCCUCUCGGAUGAGUUCAUCUGCAACAUCAAAUCCGGCAUCCUGAAAAAUGACAGCACUGUCCCCGAUCGGUUCCAGUGCAAACUCAUUGCCGUCGGCAUCUUCCAGUUGCUCAGUUUCAUCAACCUCGUGGUGUAUGUCGUGCUGGCUCCCGUGGUGGUCUACACGCUGUUUGUUCCAUUCCGACAGAAGACGGAUGUUCUCAAAGUGUAUGAAAUCCUGCCCACUUUUGACGUUCUGCAUUUCAAGUCGGAAGGGUACAACGACUUGAGCCUCUACUUUCUUUUCUUGGAGGAGAAUAUUAGUGAACUCAAGUCGUACAAGUGUCUUAAGGUUCUGGAGAAUAUUAAAAGCAGCUGUCAGGGCAUUGACCCCAUGCUUCUUCUGACAAACCUCGGCACGAUCAAGAUGGACGUGGUUGAUGGCAAAAAUCCCGAGCCCGUGGAGAUGAUGGCAGAGGACCAGGGGGACCAGACGGCAGAUCUCAAAGAUUUGAAUGUACACAAUGGAACGAAAAUAAAUAAUGGAGAGCAGAAUGCUCGACAGAGACUUCUGGAUACUUCUUGCUGAUGAUUUUUUCCCGUGAACUUCAGAUCAGUGACCUGGGCAACAUGGGAUUCAUUUUGGCUGAAACACCUCUGGCAGGUACCCAGCUGGUUCGCAGUAGAUGGUUCUCAGCAGAGAUAUUGAGUAUGUCUUACUGAGUCCCUGGUGAAAACGAUGGUCAACAGAACGUUGUGGAGGAUGGUUCAUGAACUUCCUACGAGACAACGUGGAGACAAGUAAGCCACAGCAAACGUAGAUGUGUACGUCGUCAUCAGACGGAAGGUGGAAAGACUAAUCCUAGUAAGAGUAACAGACCUUUUAGUGCCUCAGAGAAAAACACCUUUAUGUACAGAUGGUGCAACGAGCCUCAGAGCUACUGGAAAGCAAAGACUUUGGGAGUUUUUUUUGUUCUGUUUUAUGAAAUAAUAAUAAACAUGUCAGGGUAUAAUUUAAUAUGAAUCUUGUCUGUGCCCUAGUGACUGUUGGAUGAGAAAAAUAUUCACUGGCUGACUGUGGACCCAUAGGUGGAUCUGCUCCUGGCAGUAUCCUACAUUGGAAGAAUUGCUGGAGCCUCGACUCUCGUACACCAGGCUCUGGACCCUGCUACCUGUCAACCUUGACCAACCGAGAUCCUCUAACCACUACGUGAUGCCCUCUGCUGCAAAGGGCAGUGGACCCAAGUGCUGCUCUGACUGAGAACUUCGUUAAUAAGAUAGCAUCGAAAGGAUAUUUUGACUUCCAUACAGGAAAGAAUGCUUCUGAAAGAGCCCAGUGGGGAAAGCUGAACAUACAGAAGAAGUUAAUCCAAUCACUUUGGAAGAGGUUGUCUGCAGGGAAGUCCUCUGUUGUCGAAAGCAUUUGAGACAGGAUGUUACUUAAACAAAUUCACAGAACACAGAAAGUUUAAAGUGAGGGACAUUUUGCCUAUUACGAUCAGAGCGUAUAAAUGACAUCUGCCGCAUGGGUGUGCUUGGAGCCAGAACAACUUCGCAGUUUAUUUAUAUUUAAGAACAUCUUUUAAAAAUUCAUUUAAAUUUAGAAUCGUGUGAUGUCAAAAUUGAGGCCAUUUGGGAAGAACAUUCUAGCAUUGAUGGGGAAUUAUAGAAUAAAUGUUACAAAUGGGUAUAUAGUGUAUCACCCAAGCAUUGUUUCAUAAACAUUUAAGGCUGACCCAGAAUAUCAAAAACCUUUUUCCAAUUCUGAUCAUGUAAAUAGAUCCUACACUAUGUUUACAUUUUAUACAAAAUUCUUAAAAAUGACAUCUGUGGACCUCCCUGUUUUUAUUCUUAGAAAGUUAAUACAUUGCUAGUGGAUAAUCCUCAGGAACUUCAAAGUUUAUGGAUGGCUCUUAGGGACAGUUGUUUACCUAAUCUAAUUACAUAAGCUGCUCUCCACCUUUCAGAAUAUUCACAAAAGCAGAUUUUAUUUGUGCUUCUGUGUUGGUUUCUGAGAUGGAAAGCUAAUGAUAAAUAACCAGGAUGCAAUCAGUGUUUUACAUUAUUCUUACUGCAUAAUAUUUAUUACCAUUGAAUAAUAGUGUGACUUAGAAAUGUCAGUAACCUAAAUCAUCAAUUUUGCUGCAUUUUUAUAUCACUAUAUCUGAGAUGUUACAUCGCAGUUCUCUACACUGGUUUCUUUUUAUCAUUUGAAAAAUUUCUGAAAUAUAUUUUUCUGUGCUAUCCUUUUUUUUUUUUUUUUUUUCAAAAAGCCUCAACUUCUUUAUAGACAGCCCCUAAUUUAUAGUUUGAAGUGGUAAAAGUAGAUACAUUAUUUUAGGAGACCAGGGACUAUCUAAGCCCUGUCACAUGUAAUUCUUUAAUUAGAGCCCUUAACCUCUGUGCACCCCCCCAUCCCUACUCUCUGAGUUCCAAUAACAUCUGUGAUGUCCCGGACAUCACGCUAGUGACUGGCUACAAGGAUGUGAAUAAGGCAGGUCCUCAUCUUUGAGGAGUUUAGAGACUAAUAAAAGGCAGUGAAGACAGAGGCAGGUAUCUAGAGGAAGAGUGACCAGACUGAAGGCCCUUCCAGAAAACUCCCAGCAAAUGCUCUGUGUUCUCAGGAGACACCAUAUUGUUUUUCUCUUUCCCAUCAUUUCUGUAGCUGAUGGUUUUGAGAGUCUAGUUACAGUUCUUCCCAGAGGUUCUUUAGCCACGUGUCCCCCAGGCUGAAGCUUAAACAAAACAAUAACACAGACAGUGAUUUUGAACAGAAAGAGCUCCAAUCACCUUUUGUACCUUACUUGCAGGGUUCGGGGAACCCAUGCCUUGGGGUACAUGAUACUGUCCAUGAAUAGUCAUGGCGCUAAGUCUGAUGUGGAUGUCUGGUCAUACAUUUUGGCUUGAGAAAAUGUGUUAUUACGAAUGUUAACUCCAUCCACUGCUGGCUUAGAGGGAGGACUACUUUUGAGAUGGCAGAUUUCCAAGGAUGAGGAGUCAUCAUUGCUUUAAAAAGGGGGCAAACAGAUCCUCAAUGACCACCGCCAGUAGUAGCUGACUUUGUUUCUGGCUUGUGUCUUCCUAAUAAACCACCACGAGGCCUCUAAACAGGACUCAUAACACCAGCGUUACAGCUGGGGCUGGGACUGAUUGUUCUGACAGCAGUUUCCAGCUCCACUUUUAAUUUCUCCAAGGGACAGGCAGAGAUCCUCUAAUAUGGAGGCUCUUAAACUUUUGGGAGGUUACAAACCCCCCCUUGUAAGUAUAUUCUUUUUUUUUUUUUUUGUAAGUAUAUUCUUUAAAGCUAUGGACCCUCUCCUCAGAUAUACACACAACACUACAUACACCUUCAAGGGUCACCGUGGUCCACGCACCCCAGGUUAAGAAGCUGUGCUCUAAUGCCUGGGGACCGAGCUGCACGGCAGGGAGGCUCCCGUGGCCCUUGUGGAAAGCUUCUGCUUCCGACAGUAAGUCUCAGCUGUACACUUACUUAGUGAAACCACGUUUGCACACUUUUGAAUGAACUGUCGUCUCCUUUGAGUAACUGACAUCAUUUCCUAGAGUCAGACUGAAAAAGUCAAUUAAAAGAGCCGGUGGGGUGGGGGCAGUAGCUUGGAGUGAUCAGGCAGCUGGCAUGGACCGCUAUUUUCUCUCUGGCCACCAGGAGUGAUCUUAUUCCAAACCCAAGUCAUUGCCCCUCUGCAGCCAGCCUCACUGGAAUGUGGGGAGGGAGGGCAUACACCUGACCUGUAAGAUGCUUUGUCCUACUUUGUAGUCAUCCUGGGAGAAUGCGAGAAACGUCCCAUUGUACGGCGGGUCUGGUUGCAUGUUUGUGUUUCAUGUGUGGAAGCUUCCUUCCUGUUCUGAGUACCCUCUCCUUUCCAAAAAUGAGCUAAGGUGGGAUGGCAGGGCACCGUGGGCAUUGGCCCCGUGAGAACUGUUCAGCUCUUAGAAGCGGAUUGUUGCACAGCUUUUAAAAUGCAUCCGUGUUGGUUUCUUUUGCUUAUCUCCAGGAUAAAUCGAAGAUCUAGGAGGGUGGGAGUUUUUACCCAUUGCUAUAUCACAAGCUCCUGAAAAACAAUGGCUGGCGUGUAGUAGGCAUUCUGUAAAUAUUUGAAUAAAUGAACACACCGUUAUAAUAAAUCCUAGUUUGUGGGCAACUGUAAUUUGAUUUUAAAAGGCAAAUGGUCCUCUGCAAGGGAGGGGAGGCUCAUUUAGCCUCUUGGUGGAGAAAGGAGUAGUUCUGCAAAUGAAUAGGUUUCUGCAUGUAAGUAGUGAUGAUUUUUAGCUUUUUAUUGUGGAGUAAGUUGUGAUCACUUUCCAAGUUCAAUACAAGUUCAGUGUUGCCUCGCAAUGAUUAGGGCGAUUGAAAUUAUAAAGGUCCUUGUCUCGGUAAUUUCCCAAAAUAACCUUUUGAAAAGAAAUGUUGAAAUGUGCAAUUGUGAGUAAUUGAGGUUUCAUCUGAUGGCACUGGGAUGAAAUGGCUCCUUCUGGGCAGUCAUUGGCAUUUUCGCCCUAUUUUUCACAAGUAAAGUGAAACCUUCGGAAAAGGUUGGCAAAGAUGAUAUUGUGUCGUUUGUGGAAUGUAAUAGAUAUUAAUCCGUGGUUGGUUUGUGCUGCCUGCUUUAGGUGAAAUGUAUUGUUUCUGGGUUCUCUUUUUAGCUGUAAAAAUACUUUGUCAGUUAAAGCAUGCGGUUUGAUCAGUCAUUGUUCUUCAAGUUCCUGAAAUUUAUAAAAGUUUCUUGUGCCUUGAGUGCCUCCCCCUGCCUCACCAGAAGAGGAAGAAAGAAUUCCACAAUGUCACAAGUGUUUCCUACAAAAACUGAAGCCAUCCGCUCCUCUUUAACAAGUUGGCUCUUUUUAAAGCACCAGAAUGACAAUUUAAUGGUAUUCUAUAAUGUGGUGCUCUAGGCGUAAAUUCUUUCUAAUGACUGCAUUUCUUCAAAACUUCUAAAGAAAAAUCAGUAUGUUCUUUCUGCUAUGUCAUUUGGUAAGAAUGAUUGGUUUCUAUUCCACAGAGGUUGAAGGAUGGGAACCAAUUACGGUCUUGGAAAACGACCUUUAAAAAAAACCCAAGAACCUUGAAAGCUCUGCAUUUGGGUGGUUAUCACUGUUAUAUUUCAUAUUUCCACCUAAGUCACCUGUCCGCGUUCUACAUUCUGACCAUGCUGACUUCUCUUUAAGGAGAGUUGAAAGGCUGAAAAUCAAGGCUGCUGUGUCUAUAGAUACAAGUGAAACAGUGUUUUUGUUCUGCACUGUCCUGUGUACCUAAAUAAAACUUCUUUUCUAAUG